UUAAGGUUACCUGAGACCAAAACAGUCUACUCUUCCCACAUCUAAUUACGAAGACUGGGCAACAUUAUCAUCCCCGGGAUGUUUAAACUUUCAAGAAGCAGGUGGCGAAGUGUUAGGUUUCAACAGGCACUGCUGCCACGAUGUCCGUCUGCCACAUUGAAUGAGGAAUCGCAUAUGAAUGAACCAGGUAUAUGCAUGUUGACUAUCAAUUUCCAGGGAUACAUAUAUUAAGUUGCAUGUUCAUUGCUAUUUAAUUUUGCAUAUCUUUGACCGCGCUAUGGAUUUCUCCACUUGGAACGUGUUCUGGUCCGUGACAUUUACGUUGAUAGCGACAAUGGUAACUGUAGGUAAUCUCGUUGCCAUCGUGAUGUUUAUAAAACGGAAAUUUCUGGAGCGCUUUCGUUUCCUUUUAUUAAGCCUGGCCAUUGCAGACACAUUCGUGGGAACCUUAUCAGUUCCCCUGUACAUUGCUGUUGGUAUCCAUCCACAUGAAAAGUUGUUGGUACUCGUAUUUCAAUGCUUAGAUAUAUUUACAGGAAUGGUGUCUAUUUUUACUCUGGCUUGCAUUUCACUGGUGAGAAUGCACGCCAUCGUAUGGCCCUUCCGCCAUCGUGCGCUGAAAUCGUAUUUUCAAUCGUGCGCCAUCGGAUUCCCGUGGUUACUUGGUUUGCUGGGAGUUUCAUCUCGACUGCUCUAUCAUUUUGAGGUUGUUUCUCGAAUGAUGCUUUCAGUCAUGUCAAACGCAUUUCUCUUAACGCCUCUUCUGCUGAUAACCACCUCUUACAUUUUGAUAUGGAGUAAAAAACCUCGUGGACUUCCGAACGAAGUCCAGGGAGAUAAUCAAAACAACAAACUGGCAAAAACAUUGGUUAUUAUAACGGCAACGUUCCUCCUAACCUGGUGUCCACAUCAGAUUACAAACCUGUUAUUUUCAUUUUGCAUGUCAUGCAGUCAGCGACCGUAUGCCUAUACAGUGGUUCAUGUCAUGAAGAUAUUGCAGUUCAGUAACUCUUUUAUAAACGUUAUUAUCUACACCUUGAGGUUUCCGGAAUACAGACAGACACUUAGUUUCUGUGCCUUCUAGCGUGUGUUCUAAUUUAGAUCCUAAAGAGAGGGAAAGUAAAACUAAAUAGAUUUAGAUUUAGAGCACAAUCGUAACAAACACACGAAGUAAAAGCGUCUCUAGGAUUAACGCUACCAUCUUGAGAACCGACAGCUGUCUACAUGUAAGUGACAAGUUCAAUUAUGAGAGAAUAUUGACCGGCAAUAGAGCAUUUUGAUUGGUUGAUUUUAGUUAUUGGCCCUCUGACUUCCAGAGUCGUGUAAUAAUGAAACAAUAGUGUAGUAGCUCGAAGUUCCAUCUUUGAAUAACUUUGAGUAGUCACCAGAAGAAUGACUGGGGAAAAACUUAUUUCGCCAUAUUCAAUACAAAUAGAAAAUAAAAACUUGUAAUUGACCAGGGAAAAUUAAUUUCGCCAUAUUCAAUACAAAUAGAAAAUGAAAACUUGUAAUUAUUAUUAAGAGUAUGCAUAAGACAUCAUAUAGAUUUUGUGGUUCAAUUUUAUCCUUGGUUUAAAUUUUAUUUUCUAUUGUUUCAACCCUAUUAUCAUACAUUACCAUAACCAAAAACGAUGGAAAAUAAAAUUUAAACCAAGCAUAAAAUUGAAUCACAACAUAGACACCAGACAUUCUUUUUGGGAUAAAGAUUCCAAUCUUCAACAGAAGCAUUUGGGCUAUUUGCUCCAACAUUAGCUGCCUUUUCUGAUAAUUUGAUGGCGUAUUCAAUAAUCGAAAUCUCGUGUAUCUUCAGAUUACUCGAAACCUAGGCUCAGGUACCUUUAGUGAAAUUCUUUAGCUUGUCCUUAUAAUAGGGUCAGUACUCUUUCAUAUCGUGACGCUCUUGCACUGGUAACAAUCGUCGCUCUUUGUAAUAAAAUAUUCACAUUUUGUAAUAAAGCUGUCGCACUUUGUAUAAACUUAGUAUAAGAUGGUUGGAGGGCGAGUAAACUCGAUGAUAACCAUCAUUCCUGUCUAUAAAAACGUUAAUACUAAUAUUACUGAU